AUGAGUGAUUUUCUUCCAGUGGGUGCAGGUUCCGCCGGGUCGGUGAUAGCUGGACGGCUUUCCGAGUGGUCUGACGUCACAGUACUGUUGGUGGAGGCAGGCGGGGAUGACGCCAACCAACCCACCAUCCAAACCCCGCCACUCGCGCUUGAAAACUGUAGGUCUCCACUCGACUGGAACAUCUUCUUCACAACCCCACAAGUGAAUGCAUGUCAAGCGAUGGUCAAUAAGCAAGCCUACUGUCCAAGAGGAAAGGUAUUGGGAGGAACAGGUUCCAUCAAUGACAUGAUCUACGCCAGGGGCAACUGGCGAGACUAUGACUCGUGGGCGAAGAAUGGCGCGUAUGGGUGGAGCUACAGGGACGUGCUGCCUUUCUUCAAGAAAUCAGAGGGAAUGCGGGACCCCACACUGGCCAGUUCAUUUUACCAUGGCACAACGGGACCCAUCAAGGUCGGGUUUGUCCAGGCCACAAAUUAUGCUGGUGUAUUCAUAAAGGCUGGGAAGGAGCUUGGCUACUUUGAAAGGGACUACAACGGUCCAGUCCAAACAGGGUUUGCGAAAACGCAGACAACAAUAUAUAACGGACAGAGAUCGAGCUCGUCUACGGGGUACCUCAGACCCAACCUGGGGAGACCCAACCUAGACGUGCUGCUCAACGCACACGUGAAGAGAGUGCUGAUUCACUACAAGAAAGCGACGGGGAUAGAAUAUUUCUGUGGAGAUCAGAGGAACGCUCUGCGCACCGUGGCCGUUCUAAGGGAAGUAAUCCUGUCUGCCGGGGCCAUCGGAUCGCCACAGAUUCUCAUGCUGUCAGGGAUAGGACCAGCCGCACACCUUAGAACGUUGGGGAUACCAGUAAUAGCCAACCUUCCAGUAGGACAAAAUCUCCACGAUCAUGUUGCCUCCUUGACACGAGGUUUCUUCAACGACCCGAGCCAGCUGACUAUUGAUCCGGCUCUUCUCCUGCAGACGAAUGGCGUUGAGGCACUAGCACACAUAUGUUCCUACUCCAGGUACAAGUGUCUCGCCCCCGACAUCCAGUUGUCUGUGAUCAUCGCCGGUGUGUCGGUCACAGCAGCGAUCAACUGUCAGAACAUCGAUCCGAACAUUCUCCAAACUUUGCCCGGAGUAACCGAUCCGACGGUGUCUUUUCUUCUUUUGGUUCAGUUGAUAAAGCCGAAAUCAACUGGAUACCUCACACUUAAGAGCACCAAUCCGCUGGAAGCCCCACUGAUAAACCCCAAGCUCCUCAGUCAUCCUGACGACGUGAAAGCUUUGAUCAGAGGAAUCAAUGCAGCAAAAGCUGUUUUGCAGACAAAGGCGUUUCGCGAUUUUGGCGUUGUAUUUGACGACCGUCAGGUUCCACAGUGCGCAAUGCAUCCUGCGGGAACCUACAGCUAUUGGGAGUGUUUUGUGCGACUCUACACGUUGUCCACCUUCCACUAUCUGGGCACCUGUAAAAUGGGAUCCCCUCGCGACUGGAGGACUGUGGUAGACCCUCAGCUAAGAGUGAAAGGAAUAUGUGGUCUCCGGGUUGCAGACGCCUCUAUAAUGCCAUCAAUGCCAACCGGUAACAUCAAUGCACCGACAGUGAUGAUUGGCGAAAAGGCAGCUCACAUGAUAAAAUUAACCAAUCGAAAGUAUUGGCCCUGGCCGCCAUGUCAUCGCGGCAGGUCACGUGGAUUUCGCAACUUCUGGUCUCCUCAUCACGGACGUUCUUAUUUCGAAUAAAGAUGAUUAUUAAAGUCCAAAAUUCUGUUUCCUCUGAGCGUGCACACACAUAUACACUUAAAAAUAAGCGCGCAGGCACGCAAACACACAUCCACACACACAGUGACACACACAUACACACACACACAUACACACACACACACUCAAAUAUACAUAUACAUAUCAUUACUCAUAUACACACAUGCACACACAUACAUACAUACACGCGCGCACACCAACACAUGCAUAGGCAUUUGUAUAUAUACGCUAACAUACAUAACAUACACACACAUUCACACCCACACACCCACACACACUCGUAAUAUAUUACACGUUAUUGCAUGUUUUAAACAGAAA